CCAUUCAAACUCUUCAAGCUGUGCUUUGAUCUGCCUGCUAUCUGGCUCGGGACAAAGACCCUCUUUCACGGCCACUGGCCUGAGGGUUUCUACGUCUUUCUACGUUCUGGCACUCCGGUACUGCAACCCAGUGAGAGCGUGAGCUCGCAACUGCAACCACGAAUGAUGGGGCCUCGAAUUCAGCUGCUCUGCAGCUUAAUCUGCGCAGGCGUUGCCGUGACGCUCUCAGCGGAUGUGUGCCACGGAGAAGAAUGCCACCUUAUACUUCUGCAGCAGAAGAAGGCUCUGCACAGCACGCUCCAGGAACAGGAUAACGACAAUGACGGCCCCGCCGAGGAGGCCGUCCUGGGAUAUCUGCUCGACACGAUGCACAAGGCGCAGGAGGAGCAGGCGCGACAGCAGGCAGUGGCGCAGUGGGUAGCUUCCCACCAGCAAGGUGGCAACGACAGCAAUGCCUCUGACAGCAAUGCCACCGAGAGCAACGCCACCGAAAGCAACAGCACGGAGGGCAACUCCACCGAGAGCAACGCCACCGAAAGCAACAGCACGGAGGGCAACUCCACCGAGAGCAACUCCACAGAGAGCAAUGCCACCGAGGGCAACGCCACAGAGGGCAACUCCACCGAGAGCAACGCCACCGAGAGCAACGGCACGGAGGGCAACUCCACCGAAAGCAACGGCACGGAGGACAACUCCACCGAAAGCAACGCGACCGAAAGCAACAGCACAGAGGGCAACUCCACCGAGAGCAACUCCACCGAGAGCAAUGCCACCGAGAGCAACAGCACGCAGGGCAACUCUACUGAGAGCAACGGCACGGAGGGCAACUCCACCGGGAGCAAUGCCACUGAGAGCAACAGCACGGAGGGCAACUCAACCGAGAGCAACGCCACCGAAAGCAACAGCACGGAGGACAACAGCACGGACACAGGCUCGUCCAAGAAUGCCACGAGCGAAGGCAAGGAGAACGGCACGAAUGCCACGAACGCAACCAGCUGUCCCUCGGUGUUCGAGGGUGUUAGGGUCUGCGACUUGGAGCGGAAGGAUGUGAACUUUGACCUGAUCAAGGUGGAGGGGAAGGUGGGCGGCAAGUUGGAGGACACCUGCCUGAUCCAGGGCAUUGUUGUCGACAAGGACUUUAGUCAUCCACAGAUGCCGAAACAGGUCAAGGAUGCCAAGAUGGCAAUCCUGACCUGCCCGUUCGAGCCACCGAAGCCAAAGACUAAGCACAAGCUCGACAUCCGCACCGGUGAGGAUUACAAGAAGCUGUACGAGCAUGAGCAGAAGUACUUUCGCGAGCAGAUCCGACUCAUCCAGGAGUCAGGUGCAAAUCUUGUGAUUUGCCAGUGGGGCUUCGAUGACGAGGCCAACCACCUGCUCUUCCAGAACAAGCUUCCAGCUGUGAGGUGGGUUGGUGGUGUGGAGCUAGAGCUCAUCGCCAUCGCCACUGGCGGGAGGAUCGUUCCACGUUUUGAGGAGUUGACUGCCGACAAGCUCGGAAAGGCAGGGCUGGUCCGCGAGGUCACCUUCGGCACGAUGAAAGAGCAAAUGCUCAUCAUCGAGGAGUGUGGCAAGAGCAAAGCGGUCACCGUGCUUGUUCGUGGUGGCAACCAGAUGGUAGUGGACGAGGCGAAGAGAUGUCUCCAUGAUGCAAAUUGCUGCGUCAGGAAUCUAAUUCGAGAUCCCCGAGUUGUUCCCGGAGGAGGAGCCAGCGAGAUGGCUGCUUCCUUGGCAGUCCUGGCAGCUGCAGACAAGGAGCAGACGAUUGACCAGUACAGCAUGAAGGGCUUCGCAUCUGCGCUAGACGUGAUUCCAAUGGCACUCGCUGAAAACAGCGGCCUGCAGGGGAUUGCGGAGAUGGCGAAGCUCAAGGCUAUCCAGGAGACGUCUGGAAACGCCUGGCAUGGUGUCGACUGCAUGCAGACCGGAACGACGGAUAUGUGGGCACAGAGCAUCUACGAGGCGUGCGCCUCCAAGAGCUCUCAGCUGCGCUUGGCCACCCAGGUCGUAAAGAUGAUCUUGAAGAUCGAUGACGUGCUCACUACUUCCGACGCUAUCGAUGGCUAG